GCCAGAGGCUGGGCCUCCCAGGCCGGAGGGGGAAGCUGCUUUUCUGCGCGUCGCCGUGGCAACGCGCGCGGUCGUUUCCGGGAGCCGCGGAGGAGAUUUGUUGAUCUACAGAAUGCUUCGAUAUUCACAUUUUUGUAGAAUGCACAAAGGACUGUUUUACUGCUGGGCGGAGUCUGGUGCAUUUAAUUUGGGUGUCUGUCCACAAGCAAUGCACACAACAGCAGCAGUGCACACUGAAUAUGAAUCCUUGGAAGAGACAGCUCUGUGUGACACUAGGAAGGUACAUAGAUCUGCAGAGAAAGAUUCUGAAGCCAUGGCUAAAUUACAUAUUCCAGUAAUGGUAGACGAAGUUGUUCAUUGCUUGACACCACAAAAAGGGCAGAUCUUUCUAGAUAUGACAUUUGGUUCAGGAGGACACACAAAAGCAAUUCUUCAGAGGGAACCAGACAUUACUAUCUAUGCCUUAGACCGAGACCCAACAGCUUAUUCAAUAGCUGAGCGGCUUUCAGAAGUGUAUCCGAAACAGAUCCAAGCUAUGCUCGGCCAAUUCAGCGAGGCAGAGGCCUUGUUAAUAAAUGCUGGAGUGCAGCCAGGAACUAUUGAUGGAGUUCUUUUGGAUCUGGGGUGCUCCUCCAUGCAACUUGAUGCUCCUGAGCGAGGUUUCUCCCUUCGGAAGGAUGGCCCCUUGGACAUGAGGAUGGAUGGAGACAGGUAUCCUGACAUGCCCACUGCUGCUGAUGUUGUGAAUGCUUUAGAUCAGCAAGCACUUGCAUCCAUCCUAAGAGCAUAUGGAGAGGAGAAGCAUGCCAAGAAAAUUGCUUCUGCAAUCAUUCAAGCUCGCAGGGUUUACCCUAUCUCGAGAACCCAGCAGCUUGCUAGCAUUGUUGCAGGUGCCUUUCCUCCCUCUGCUGUCUAUGCAAGAAAGGACUUGCUGCAAAGGUCUACCCACAUCGCUACCAAGACUUUCCAAGCGCUUCGCAUCUUUGUGAACAAUGAGCUGAAUGAGCUCUACACAGGACUGAAAACAGCACAGAAAUUUCUGAAAAGUGGUGGCCGCCUUGUUGCCCUCUCCUUUCAUUCUUUAGAAGAUCGCAUUGUGAAACGAUUUUUGCUUGGGAUAAGCAUGACAGAAAGAUUUAACCUGGGCAUUAGACAGAAAGUGAAGCAAACUUCACAGCUGAAUUCAAGUCGUGGGAGUGUUGAGAGUGAAAGGAGCAGCCCUGUAAGAGCUCCUCUGAUGUGGGAUCUCAUUCACAAGAAGGUGCUCACUCCGGAAGAUCAGGAUAUCCAAGAAAACCCCAGAGGGCGCUCAGCCAAGCUAAGGGCAGCUAUCAAAUUAUGAGGCUCUUAUUAUUCGAUCCUUAAAUUUUCCUCCUGUACUUCUGUUUUUGUUUUCUAAUAUAGAAGUGUUUCUGAACACUUUAAUGCAACGUAAAGUAUGGGGCAGCCUGGAAAUGAGUGAUAAGUAUUUUUUUCUCUAAAGAUAAUGUAGGAAGCUUUGACAUGGCAUAAAAACUUCCACUCAGAGAUCACAGAGUCUCAAAAUGGGAACUUGUUGAUCUCUGCGUUGUAUUUGAAUUAUAAAAUUCAGUCAUUUCUUUAAUGAAAAAAGUGGAAAACCACAGAGACAGCUGACA